AUGAUAUAGGUUAACGUUUGUGUUCAUAAUUCCAUUAAAUUUAUAUGCAAUUUGUUAGUGAUAUUCGUUUAAUAGUUUCUGUGCAGUGUAGCCGUGAAGUCAGUGUAUAUAAUGUUAUAGCGUAAACUCUUUACACAAGGUAUCGAAGUCAUUAACUAUGGAUUUCGGGCACCCUCCGCCGCAUAUGGGCAUGCCACCACCCGGCAUGGGUGGUCCUAUGGGUCCGCCCGGCCGUAACAACAUGCGCCAUACCUUUAGGCCUUUCAACUACCAAAUGCGUUUUCCGCCACAAGGUCCACUGAACAUGACUCAAGAUGACUUUGAUGGUAAACGUUUACGUAAAUCAGUUAUGCGGAAAACUGUAGAUUAUAACUCGGCUAUAAUUAAAGCUUUAGAAUGUCGCGUUUGGCAACGGGAUUGGAGGGAUAGACAUGCAUUGCAACCCGAUGCAAUGUAUACACCUGAUUUAUUACCGCCGCCUUCAUAUCCUGAUAAUCCUAUAAAUGCUGUUACAACUCGUUUUGUUAAAACUGCGACUAAUAAAAUGAGAUGCCCUAUAUUUGCCGUUGCGUGGACCCCAGAAGGUAGAAGGUUAAUAACAGGAGCAUCAUCAGGAGAAUUUACUUUGUGGAAUGGUUUAACAUUUAAUUUUGAAACUAUACUUCAAGCUCAUGAUUCUCCUGUGAGAUCUAUGGUUUGGUCCCAUGGUGAAGGAUGGAUGGUUACAGGAGAUCACUCAGGAUUUAUUAAGUAUUGGCAAAGUAAUAUGAAUAAUGUGAAGAUGUAUCAGGCUCACAAAGAAGCAGUUAGAGGUAUUAGUUUUAGUCCUAGUGAUUCUAAGAUUGUUACAUGUUCAGAUGAUGGAACUUUAAGAAUAUUUGAUUUCUACAGAUGUCAAGAAGAAAGAAUAUUAAGGGGACAUGGUGCAGAUGUUAAGUGUGUUCAAUGGCAUCCUACAAAAGCCCUUAUUGUGUCUGGCAGCAAGGAUAACCAACAGCCAAUUAAAUUAUGGGAUCCAAAAUCUGGGACAGCUUUAUCAACACUACAUGCUCAUAAGUCUACCGUAAUGGAUCUGAAAUGGAAUGAAAAUGGUAACUGGUUAAUUACUGCUUCUCGGGACCAUUUACUCAAGUUAUUUGACAUCCGUAAACUUGGAACUGAGUUGCAAAUAUUCAGAGGCCAUAAAAAAGAAGCUUCCAGUGUUGUUUGGCAUCCCACUCAUGAGGGAUUGUUUUGUUCAGGUGGUUCUGAUGGCGCCAUUUUGUUUUGGAAUGUAGGCACUGAUAAAGAAGUAGGUUGUAUUGAAGGUGCUCAUGAAUCAAUUGUUUGGACUAUGGCAUGGCACCCUCUGGGACAUAUACUGUGUUCUGGAUCCAAUGAUCAUACAUCAAAAUUUUGGACUCGAAAUCGCCCUGGGGACUUGAUGAGGGAUAAAUAUAAUUUGAAUACUCUACCACCUGGUGUUCAGGAUGAUAAUGAUUUAGAAGAACCAGCUAUUAUUCCUGGGAUGGGACCUGAAGAUAAAGUUGAGAUAUUCUCUACUGAUACUGAUAAAGUAAUUCCAGGUUUGGACCUGGAUACCACAUUUAUUCCAAUGGAAUUUGAGAAAAAAGUAAAGAAAGUCCCAUAUAGUAAACCAAUCCCAAGGAAUUUUCAAGCACAGUGGAAUCAUGGGCCCACUGCUGAUGAAGCUGCUACAGAGGCUUUGACUCAGGCUUUAGUAAAAUCAGUACCUGGUGCUAUACCAUUAAAUGAAAUUACACCAUCGGCAAUAUUUAUUUAUGGCAAGGUGAUACCUGUGGAACCUGGUUCUAAACUUGAAGCAGCUAUAUCAGAGGGGCCCUUGGCACUUAAAAAAUAUAUAGCCACAGGAGAAAUAGAAGAAUUGCAUGAUGUAAUGCCUCAUUUAGAAGAUGAUGCUGAUGAAGAAAAUUUCCAACCAUUUGAAUAUCCAGAGCAUGAAAAUGAAAGUAAUGAAAAAGAAGGUGGUGAUAAUGAGAGGGAUAAUUUUGAACAAGAUGAUUAUUAUGAUCAUGAUAUGGAGGAACAUAAUAACAGUCGAGAACAGGACCAAUCCUAUAACAAUGGAUCUGAUAUAAACACUAUGGGACCAAUUAAUAAUAUGCCUCCAAUGGGAAAUAUGAUGGGGCCCCCAAUGCCUAUGGGAAAUAUGGGUCCCAUGGGCCCUAUGGGUCCAAUGCCUGGAAUGGGUCCUAUGCCACUAUUAGGAAAUAUGCCUCCAAUGGGUAAUAUGCCACCAAUGAGCAAUAUGCCACCUAUGGGUAAUAUGCCUCCAAUGGGCAAUAUGCCACCAAUGGGGAUGCCACCAAUGAAUAACAUGCCACCUAUGGGCAAUAUGCCACCACUUCCACCUUUCAGUGAUAAUGGUUAUAAUAACAAAGGCCAUUAUGAUUCAAAUUAUGAUAAUCCAUCAUACCCACAAAAUGACGAAGAAUAUAAUAAUGAAGAGGAAUCUUUUGAUCAGAGUUAUGAGGAGGAUAAUUAUAAUGAUGAAGGUAAUGGAGACGAUGGAUAUGGGAGAAAUCAAAGAUGGGAUGGAGGAUAUAGAGGGAGAGGUAGAGGUAGAGGCCGUGGAGUGAAUGGUCUUGGUUUACGUGGCAGAAGAGGUAAUACGGUUAAUCGUGGUUCUUCCUGGAAUCGCAGGGGUGGCGGCGCCAAUAGAAGUUUUAGACGUGGCGGCAAAUCGACAAAAUCUAACUAGCUUAAGAGUUUUUUUAUUUUGAAUGCUCCUACAGACUUUUAUAUUCCCAUUUGUUUGUGAGAGAACUGAAUAUGACGUGUGUUAAGUGUAACAGACAAUUUGAUAACGAUGCGAUUCCUAAGGUUGUACAUAAUUUUUAUUUACAGCUUGUGUUUUAUUUUCGUAAGCUGAAACAUAAUAAAUUUAUAUUAUGUCAAAAAAA